CUCAUAAAAGCAAAAUGAAUCCUAGAAUUAGAAAAUCACUGUUUUGCAACUCUCAGUAUGGUAACUGAUUCAGGCAAGGAUAGUAAAUGGAUGCUAAAACUAUUGGGUGAAAUGUUGUGGAACAAAUAUUCUAACAAUCUCAUAGUGUUACUCUAGAGAUUGAUUAUUGAUUGAUUACAAAAGGAGAAAGAUUACAAUAGAGAAAUAUGGGAGACACCUCCUUGACCAAGUGAUCUACCUUCACAUGACCAGUAAUGAGAAAACUGAUCAAAUUGGACAUAUCAUCUAGAUGGUAUUCUUGCCACAAAUGUUUAUGUAAUAUUGAGGAAACAACCACACAAAUCCAAGUUUUGUGACAUUCUUCAAGAUAACUGCCCUAGAUUCUUCAAAAAUACCACUGUCAUGAAGGACCAAAAAAAGGCAGGGAACGGUUCUAAGUCAUGACAACUAAGUACAAUGUGUGAUCCUUGAUUAGAUCCUGAGUUUAAAAAGAAAAGCUAUAAAGAACAAUAUUCGAACAACUGGUGAAAUUUUAAUAGGACUGUGUAUUAGAGCGUAUUAUUGUGUUACUGUUUAAUUUCUUGGGUGAAAGUAAUAGUAUUGUAAUUCUUUAGGAAAGUGACUAUCUGAUUAUAAAAUCAAAAAAUCAUUGUAGGGAAAAAAUGAAGUCUUUAUAGGACCCCACUACCUGGGAUAACCAGUGUUAACACUUUGGUGUAUUUCCAUCCAGUCCACACAUAUUUAAACAAUAUUUAAUUGAACCACAAAUAGUUUUUUAUGUUGCUUCUUUUUCUUCCAUAUUAUCAGUAAUUCUCCAUUUCUUUAAAUAGUCCUUAAAAACAUUAUUUUAAAUGGCUAUGUAAUAUCUCUGUAAGUUUUCUUAUUUUAAAGUUUAAAAUAUUUUAUGAGAAUUAUUGUUUAUUACAGGUAGUCCUCGACUUAUGACAGAGAUUUGUUCCAUUGACUCCAUCAUAAAGCUUAUUCACAUAGCAUUUUUGGUAUAGCAAAAUGAGAUGCAAGGAACCAAAAGUGAGAUAAUACAGAAAUAAAAUUGGAAGAUCAUCAGCCAUCAAGGACCCAAUGGAGAAAGCAGGUUGAACCAUUUGUUUCUGUCUUUGGGCUUCAGAGAAAGAUUUAAUCUGAAGAUUAAUCCUGCAGCAAAAAAAUUCUGAAAACUGCUGUGGUAUAAGCACUGCCUCUAAAUUUCACGGGUGAAAUUGCUGCCCUUCCCUUGAAGAAGUACUGUUAAAACAAAAAAGGAUAGGGAUUGAAAAUAAAGUGAAGCAGUGUUUUCUUGUAUGUGUUGCAGCGGGCCUUCUAAAAUUUAACUAUGACUGUUCUUUCUUCUGAGAACUGCUCUUCUCAGUACCAGGUACAUCAAACACACCAGCCCCUAAAUGUUAGCAGUCUGCUGUUCUUGAUUACAUUUGGGAAAACAUUAUUAAAUAUCCUCACCCUAGGAAUGAGAAGAAAAAACACCUAUCAAAAUUUUAUGGGAUAUUUUUGCAUUUCACUGGCAUUCAUUGAUCUUUUCCUUUUGGUAAACAUUUCCAUUAUAUCCUAUUUCAGGGAUUUUGUACUUUUAGGCAUUAGGUUUACUAAAUACCACAUCUGCCUAUUAACUCAAAUUAUUUCCUUUACUUACGGCUUUUUGCAUUAUCCAGUUUUCCUGAUAGCUUGUAUAGAUUAUUACCUGAAUUUGUCUAAAACCACCAAACUUCCAUAUAAAUGUCAAAAAUUAUUUUAUUUCUUUAUAGUAAUUUUAAUUUGGAUUUCAGUCCUUGCUUAUGUUUUGGGAGAUCCAGCUAUCUCCCAAAGCCUGAAUGCACAGAAUGCUUAUCCUUAUCAAUGUCCUUUCUAUAUCAGUGUUCAGAGCUACUGGCUCUCAUUUUCCAUGGUGAUAAUCUUAUCUGUGGUUUUAAUAACCACUUGGUCAGAAGUUGUUACCUUGGUACAGGCUGUUAGGGUAACUUCCUAUAUGAACGAGGCUAUCCUAUAUUUUCCCUUUUCAUCCCAGUCUAGUACCAUGAGCUGUAAAAAACUACUCUUGCCCAAGCUCCUUAUCUGUUUUCUCAGUACCUGGUUGCCGUUUGUACUACUUCAAAUAAUCAUACUUGUACUUAAAGUACAGAUUCCAGCUUAUAUGGAGAUGAACAUUCCCUGGCUGUACUUUGUCAAUAGUUUUCUCAUCGCUACAGUUUAUUGGUUUAAUUGUCACAAGCUUAAUUUAAGAGAUAUCACAUUACCUGUGGAUCCAUUUGUGAGCUGGAAAUACUGCUUCAUUCCACUUAGAAUUCAUAAUCUUGAGAAAAUUGAAAAGCCUAUAUCUAUAAUAAUCUGUUAAUAUAUGUUGCCAUGUUAAAACUAAUCAAAACCGACGACUACAAGAAGAAUCAUAAUUUUAUAAACAGGAGUGAAUGAGCACUCAGGAUAUAUAAAAUGCUUAGUUACAUCUUGGUGUGGUGGUGACUCUGAGGGUUUAAUCCUCAACAACGUGAAGAACUAAAUAUGAACUGAACUGAAACUCCCCCCAUUCCAACUUUUGUACCUUUUUAGAAUGUGUCUUUUGAGGCUAUGAUAUUAUUUGCUAAACAGUGUUUUAUUUUAAAAACAAAAGAAUUCCAAGAAAUGUUUUAUACCUGUUCAGGAAUGUUUAUUACAAAUAUUAAUUUGUUAUUAAUACGAACAUGGAAUGAGCUGACAUUUGGCCAUAUUGAUGUUUGUGUUACCCAAAAAGCACUGGAUGCAAACUAUUAUGUAAAUCUGAGAAUCAGGGCCAGCUUUAAGAUAUGAACCUAAAUAAACAUGUUUAUUAAAUUCAAA